GGAGAACGACGUCUGUUCCAACUUGCCUGUAGCACGAAAGCUCGCGUACGUCAAGUGGAUUUUGAGUUGCCUCCCGUCUCUGCCGGAUCAUCACCCUCGUCAGGCAAACUACCGUUCAGUCUUAUCGGUGGUCAAGACGGAUGGGGCAUAUUUGUCAGUCAGGUUGAUCCACGUUUCCUCGGCACCAUGGGCUCGUUCAGCUGUCUGUCCAACUGUUCCUCGGUUGCGUGCAGUCAUCAGAGCCCUGCCUCAUUCUCCUCAUCCACCCUCGCCUCAUCCCGAUCGCAUUUGCGUCGAGCGGACCAACUGUUGGCCGUGAACGGUCGCUCAGUCGAACAUUUGACCCCGCACGAAGUGAUCCAGCUUAUCCAAUCCAGUCGAUCACUGACUGGUACCGGUACAACCACCGCGUUGAUCGGCUCGGAUCAGCUCGGCUCGUCCGGUAGUGUUGGGGGAACUCAGGGAACUGUGAACAGCUCGAAUUCGACCGCCAUGUGUCCGAUACGCCUGCUUGUUGUCUUCAAUCCAGUCCAAUAUCACCAACUGGUCAAUACAUUGGACUAUUCAUUGUCAAACAAGUUUGAUCAGACCGUCAUCCUUCAGUCCAAUCACGUGGGGGAUGCUGGUCGGGAUGGGCCGCGAAAGAUGACGCUACCAAAUAGCUCGAGCAUCGCGGAUGGUCUCAGCUCCGAUCAACUGCAGGCAGUGGCGGCGGCUUGUCAUCGGGCUCGUGGUCAAGGUCAUCCAAGUCAACGUCAACCGAGUCAAGAUCGACGCCACGUCGACGGUGCGCAAGCCACCCAAUCAGCAAUGUCACCCUCGGGGACAAUUCGACCGGACAAUACGACACGACCCCGUAGCGCACAGACUUCACCGACCCGUUCGAACAGUGGAAGCAAAUCACGUUCACGCGAGCGGACUGGUACCGUGAUAGGACGCAGUGGAACGAUUGUUGGUACGACUGAGGUUGUGAUGGUUGGGGCGUAUGAGGUUGGAUAA